AUGUGUGCGGCGAGGAGGAUGCUGCUGCUGCUGCUGGCUUUCCUGGCCUAUGAGCUGGAUUCAGCUGCGGCGUAUGGCACAGCGGAGACCCUCUGCGGUGGGGAGCUGGUGGACACGCUGCAGUUUGUCUGCGGGGACAGGGGCUUCUACUUCAGUAGACCGGUGGGACGAAAUAACCGGAGGAUCAACCGCGGGAUCGUGGAGGAGUGCUGCUUUCGGAGCUGCGACCUGGCUCUGCUGGAAACCUACUGCGCCAAGUCUGUCAAGUCCGAGCGUGACCUCUCCGCCACCUCCCUGGUGGGCCUGCCAGCACUCAGCAAGGAGAGCUUCCAGAAGCCCUCACAUGCCAAGUACUCGAAGUACGACGUAUGGCAGAAGAAGAGCUCCCAGCGGCUGCAGCGGGAGGUGCCCGGCAUCCUGCGGGCUCGCCA